AUCGAUAAGCCACAACACACGUCAACAAGUGAGUGGUGGAAACUGUCAUUAUCAGUCACAUGUCGUAAUUUUCAAAAAAAAAAAAAAUCAAAUUCAAAAUUGACAAGUUUUCAUUACCAUCUUCAUCCUUCUGGAAAUAUCCAUAAUUUCACAAUAUCCUUCGUUUACCAUAUAAUGCCUAAAUCACUGAGAUGAACAGACGUCCAUCACCAUUAGAAAACGAACAGUGCCGGUCGUGCUCCAGCUUUUCGGAUUACAUAAAGUCGACUAGAAAAAAAAAGGAUGAAAAUGGAAAUACAGUUACUGGAUCCCAGUCCGCGGUAGCUGGCGAUGGAGGGACUACUGGCCAUCAGGGUGAUUCUGGCGGUAGAAGAACCGAUUGUCCUUUGGACAAGGAUGAAUUGGGACGCAGUGCGUGGGGCCUUAUACAUACGAUGGCUGCCACUUAUCCACAAACACCUUCGCAGACCCAAAAAUGCGAGAUGAGAACGUUUUUCAAUGUUUUUGCCAAGUUCUACCCUUGCCCGCACUGUUCUGAAGAUUUACAAGAAGAGUUGAAAAUAGAGCCCCCCAAAGUAGAAAACCCAGAACAACUGAGUCAAUGGUUAUGCCGAUUACACAAUAAAGUUAAUGUUAAAUUAGGUAAAGAAAUAUUCGACUGUUCUAAAGUGAACGAACGAUGGAGGGAUGGUUGGAAAGAUGGUUCCUGCGAUUAGGUAUAUUUAGGAAAUAAAGCAUUUAUUUCUUUCAAUAAAAACAAAUUACUGCCUCUAUAUCUUUUUAUUAAUAAACUUAAUUGUUAUGGAUAAUUUAUUUAUUUCUUUUUUAAUUUCUUGUUUUUUUGAAAAUUGCCCUUUUGGGGGCGUUUUUUCGAAAACUUAUCCCCUGAAACAGCAUUUUUGUAGCCCUUAAUCCAAUGGUUACGUUUCUGUUCCCAUGCUAAUUGUUUCUGACCUAAAUAUUAUCAUUUUAUUAAAAAUAUUGGUCAAAUACUGAAUACUUACUAGCUUUGUCUUUGUUCUCCAUCACAUUUGAACUGCCAGGUUUUUGUUUGGAACUGCCUUCUUCAUCUAGCAAAGAGGCAAAUUCUUCUGCUGACGCAAAUACUGAAGACAUGUCAUCUGUUUUGGAUUUUUUCUUCAAGGAUUUUUUUAGGUUUCUUUUUGAAGCGGGAGUUUCAUCUUCUGAAUCUGAAGGGAAAUCCGAGGGGAAAUCUAAGUCUUCAUCGUCAUCACUAAGACCAUCAAUUAAAUCUAGAAAAAAAAUAAUUCAUUAUUGGUAAAAUUAAUAUAUUAAUUAAUUACCUAAAUCUUCCUCAGUGGCUUCCAACUCAUCAUCAUUAGCAUCAUCACCACCGUCAAAUUCUGGUUCCUCAUCACUAAGUCCAUCUUCUUCGUCACUAAGUUCUUCAUCUUCAUCUUCACUGCCCUCUUCAUUUUUCCUUUUCUUUUUUUUGUCAGUGUCUUUCUUCUUGAGACCCUCACCAAUUUCUCCCAUGAAGUCUAGUUCUUCC